AUGGAUGUACUACACCCAUUAAUGCUUUCCUUCCCUCCAGAUCCUCUCUCACAAAGCCCUCUCUCUGACCAAGAAUACGACGCCGCAAUCAGAGAGCAGAUCGAAGUGUUGAAGAAGUUAGAUGAAGCCAAAUUCUUUGAGAAGACCACGGGUGGGGGGAACUUAUUAGAUGUCAUCGACCCAGCCCUGAACACCGUCCCGUACACGUACAUUCUGAUGGCAAAUAUUCGCAACUACCAUAAGCACCACGGCAAAGAUAUUGAUAUCGAUAGCCUCUGGGGAAAAUUGACGAACUUCCUAAGUGUAUUCGACCCGAGACAGAUCAGGUAUCUUGGGGAGGCUCUCUGCUCCAUCAUUAUGAACGUGGCAGAGAUGGCUCGAGGCAAUAACAAGGCUCGUACACCAUCCAUCCCCGGACUUGCAGUCCCUCCGAUUAGAAACGCGCUGUUGCGGCUGGACCCGUCUGGUAGCAUGCUCACUUCAAACCAUCUCAUUCUUGUCAAGCUCGCUCUAGAGUCUGGGAGUUACAUGGACGUCACUCCGGUCAUCGACAAGUUCAUCCUAUAUUUUCCAGGAUUCUCAGACGUUCCAAGGCCAAAGUACCUCUGCGAUAUGAGUCUCAGUCCUGCCGCCUUCCUUACACCCACCUUUAAGCUCAGCGACAACCUCAGGUACCAAAGUAUCCUGGAAUAUUUUCUCUGGAGUGCGAUGGUACACAUGGGGCUGCACAGUUGGGAGAGCGCACUACAAUGUCUAGAAAGCGUAAUCACAUAUCCCGCUAUGGAUUCGGCGAGUAAGAUCAUGACAGAAGCCUAUAAGAAAUGGGUCCUCGUUGGCCUUGUGCACCAGGGACGCCUGUUGAGAUUGCCAAAAUCUACCAGUGUGGGCCCCGCAAGAGCAUAUCACAUUAUUGGCAAGCAUUACGAGACUUUGGCUAACAUAUUCGAGAAUGGUACUGCGUCUAGACUGAAGGCCGAGGUAGAUGCAGCAAUGCACAUUUGGAAAAAGGAUGCCAAUUAUGGAUUGGUGAUGGAGGUUUUGGAGGCUUUCCAGAGAUUCCAGAUCCGUGGUUUGACACAGGUCUACAGCAAGAUCUCAAUCCCAGAAAUUCUCAACCAGACUACAGAUGCUGUAACCGGAUCAAAGCUGCCCACACCACAAGCUUGCGAGGAUCUCGUGCGGGCUAUGAUUCACGCAGGAGAUUUGCAAGCCACCUUGAGCAAUCCUCCAAGCGGUCCCUCGAUCCUUACUUUCCUUCCAUCCAGCCCAGCCUUGACAGAAGCCCAAAUGCAAAGAGAACUCGUGGGAACUUCGGCACGAAUCCAAGCUUUGACGGAGAAGAUAAAGCAAACCGAUCGGAUGCUGACCCACGACAAGGAUUACAUCAAGUUCAUCCAUAAGCAGAAGAGAGCCAAGGCGGCACGUGGGGGAAACGAUGAUCAUGAUGUUGCGCAAACAUCAGAUUGGGAUGAUAUCAACGACGACGAGGAUAUCAUGGGUGAUGGGGGGUAUUGA